GGCGAGCGGGCGGACGGGCGCGCGCGCGCGCGCGCCCUUUUUGGGAGCGCGAAGAAGGGGGCGAGCGCCAUGGAGCAGCGGUUAGCUGAGUUCCGGGCGGCCCGGAAGCGAGCCGGGCUGGUGGCUGAACCCAGCACUUCGAGUCAGAGUACACAAACCUCGGGAGAGAAGGCAGAAGCAGCUACGACUCCAAAAGCACUCUCAGGCUGGCUAAAACGGUUCCUGGCGUGGAAACCGAGGCCACCGAGUGCCCAGGCCCAGCCCAGCCUCGCUCAGGGAGCAGCUGGGCCUGGGGGCCUCGAGUCACAGCCACCACCGAGUCCAGCCGAAGCCACACCACCGCCACGGCCCCCGCCGCCUCAGCCCCUGACCCCGCGGGACCGGUCUCUCCUCACCAGCGUCACCUUGUUGAAGGUGCUCCUCUGGUUGGUCCUGCUGGGCCUGUUUGUGGAACUGGAAUUUGGCCUGGCCUAUUUUGUCCUGUCCCUGUUCUACUGGAUGUACGUGGGGAUGCGAGGCCCUGAGGAGAAGACGCAGGGAGAGAAAAGUGCCUACUCCGUGUUCAACCCGGGCUGUGAGGCAAUCCAGGGAAGCCUGACCGCCGAGCAGCUGGAGCGCGAGCUGCACCUGAGGCCUCUGCCGCCGAGAUAGGACCAGACCAGUGGUGGGCCCCCCAGAGCCCUCGCACCCCCUGGCUUUGACUGAGAACAGCUUGCGGGUUAGGUCUGUGACCCCACAAUUCCACACUUCACCUAACCUCCUGCUACAGUUUUAUCUCAGAACUUCUUUUUCAUUUUGGUGAAACUCCUGGAAAGACACUCACUGUGGGUCUGAUGCAAUUUAUAAAAAUUACACACUCAAGA